AUGAAAUCGCACGCCCACUCGGAGAGCCCCGUAGAAGGUAGUUAUGUGUUGGAGCCUAGAGAAGUGGAUGUUCUCUGCGGUCGUGGUGGCAUGUCCAAUCAUCAUCCGGGGAAUGAGUGGUACCGACGGCUCGUUCGGUCGAACAGACCUCUCUACCGCGCUUGUCCCAAGCACACAAAGCUGCUCGUGAGUAAAGCCAUUGUCCAAGCCGUGGAACAGCAGGGAGGUCGGUUUCUUGAGAAAGAUCGGAAACAAAAGUACUGGUUUCCGGUUCAAUACAAAAAGGCUGUCGAUAAGACGUCCCAGGGUCUACGUGAAAGGGACCGUGAAGAAGAACUUAUCCAACACGAAGGAAAAGUUCCGGAUGGAUUCAACGGCAUAGGCCAAGCGAAGUUAACCGAUUUAGCGGACGUCGCCGUUUCACACGCGAUUCGAACCACAGGACUUCCCCGAUCAGCCACGGAUCUUUCAAAACAGUCUCUACCAACCACUCAGAUAACUCCGGCACAGUCAUUUAUGGAGAGCCAACAUCUUGUUGGACUCGAGGGAUCGCAGCCUUUGAAUCCUGCCAUUCCAGCUCACCAGUCUUCCAUGUUUCGUUUGAUGCAUCAGACUGAUCAGUUGCCGGGGAACAGCAACUGGAGGAAUCCAGGAAUGUCAGGACCAGGUGGUUUUCCCCAGGGGGGCUUCCACCAGGGAGUCUGUCCAACGCAGAUGAACCCACACAUGACUUUACCACAUCAACGUCCAACUAUACCGAUGUCACUUGCGAUGCUGAAGCAACCGCCGCCGCAGCAUCAGCCACAGCCUUUUGGCCAUCCACAAGCGAACUUUCCGCCGAACGCUACGUCUGGAAUGCCUUUUGUUUCAGGGGUGCAAAACAACGUUUCGAGUUCACUGAUGUAUCCGAACUUGAAUCCAGGAGUGUCCGCAUAUGUGAUGGCACCUCUUGGGAAUGAAAUGGCUCAUCAAGCACCCGCGUUGAAUCGUCUUACUUCUCAGGUUUCCGACUGGCUUCAGAACUUCUAUCCGCUACAGCAAUCCAAUCCGCAGCAACAGCAAGUUCAUCCCCGUCAACCCACGGAAGCGGAGAGGCUCUACAUUUCCAACAAAUCGUACGAAAGGGCCAUGGUGCGACAAGCACAACAGCAACGAAAUAUAGUCAACAUGGAGCAACAUAAGCUUCAGCAAUUGCAGAACAUGCAGCAAGCUCAGGCGACAAAGAUCGGUCAGGGGCAGACACAUCAGCUGCAGCACAUCGUACAACAGCAUCAACAGCAAGACCAAUCCAAAAGGCGUGCGCACACGACGUUGGUGGAUCAAAGAUUCGGAAAGCCAUUAGCUGGAAACGGAUCUCACAGUCAGUCAGUUAAAGGGGGAAAGAAAGGGAAGAAUGGAGAAGUUGUGGAAAUAAAUAUCACCACUUUUCCUCCCCCCGAGCCGUCAAAACCGAUACAAAUCACUAUUCCUGCAAUGCCUGUGCCUCGCAAAAAUAAGCGCAAAAGCGCUUCUUCUCUACCAUCCUUACCUUUCCGAACGGCGCCAGCUCGUCAGAAGUCGCUUUCUUGCAAUAAUGGGGAUUCCUCACUAGUGCCUCCCACCUCCGAAAUUGAACAUUCCGUUUCCAAUACUCUCCUGCAAUUGGCUUCGGCACCGAGCAACCUCGUGGCCGGUUGUUCAGCGUUCAUGAGCGAAUCGACGGAAGUCAGCAAUGAUAUACCAUCCGAAGGAGAAGAAAGCGCGUCAGUUGUAGUGGGAGGGAAAGUCUCGAAAGAUAGUCUCUUGGAUGAUCACGAGGAGACGCCGGACGAGACACGGCUACGGACAAUUCGACCGGUAAAUUGGCCUUAG